UUAGCUUCCUUAUUAAGACCAGUUCCCUUUGGAUUGGCUGUAGUCGAGUCAGAUUAUAGGCAAAAACUUGCAUUCUGGCCCUUGUUCAUGAACCUAAACCACGAUAAUUUGAGUUGAAUUCCUACUGAUGAGGUUAUUAACCGUCUCUCACGCCUCUGUCAUCCCCAAAAGCACACCAAAACUAAUGGUCCUGUCCUCUCACUUCCACUCUCACCUCCACUUCCCAAGUCCCACUACCGCAUCAUCAAGAAACCCACCUCCCCAAUUCUCCAUUCCCUCCAGAAACCCCAACACUACUUCUCUCUCACCCAGAGAGCCCCUCCUUCCACUCACAAGCUCACCCCACCAGAGCCCAUCAAGCUGUUUUUCUCAUCUUGAAGCCUAUUCAUCCCUUCUAGAGCUUUGUGCUUCCCAAAAGGCAAUCAAACAAGGCCAACAAAUCCAUGCCCACAUCUUGAAAUCCACCUCAUUGUCCAACGACGGGUUUCUCCCUACUAAGCUAUUGUUCAUGUAUGGGAAAUGUGGGCAUCUUUUUGAUGCCCACGAUCUGUUUGACGAUAUGCGACACAGAACUGUUUUCUGUUGGAAUGCACUUGUCGGGUCCUAUUCAUCUCAUGGGCAGCAUAGCAAGGCCAUUGAGUUGUAUAUGGAAAUGCGGGGCUCAGGCGUGAUGCCCGAUGCGUGCACUUUUGCUUCUGUUCUUAAAGCUUGUGGUGGGUGUGAAGAUCUCCAUUUGGGUAGUGAGAUCCAUAGCUUAGCAAUCAAACGUGGGAUCAGUGCGACCACUUUCGUGGUCAAUGCACUAGUUGCCAUGUAUUCAAAGUGUGGAAGAUUUGAUCUUGCAGUAAAAUUGUUUGAAAUGGCGCCUGAUGCAAGAGAUGUUGUGACUUGGAACUCGAUUAUAUCAGCUUGUGUACAAGAUGGGAAGUUCUAUGCGGCUCUGGACUUUUUCCGGGAGAUGGGCAAAUCUAGGGUUGAUAUGAGUUCUUACACUGUUGUAGCUGUUCUUCAGGCUUGCACUGAACUUUUGCUUGUGAAGUUGGGUAUGGAGAUCCAUGCCUCACUUCUGAAGUUAAAUCGGAGAUUUCACAUUUUUGAGAGUAAUGCUCUUCUUGUUAUGUAUUCAAGAUGUGGCAGAAUGGGAGAUGCAAUCCGAGUGUUUGAUGAGAUGGAUGAGAAAGAUAAGGUCUCGUGGAAUUCCAUGCUCUCUGGUUAUGUUCAAAACGGUUUAUAUGUGAAAGCUAUUGAGUUCUUCAAUGAAAUGCUUGAGUCAGGCUUUGAAUUUGAUGAGGUAUCAAUCAUAAGUUUAGCCUCCGGAUUAGGUCGGUUAGAGAACUUACACAGUGGCAAGGCGAUCCAUGGAUGUGCUAUAAAAUGUGGGUUUGAUUCUGAAUUGCAAGUGGGAAACACACUAAUCGAUAUGUAUACGAAAUGUGGCAAUGUAAAGUAUGCAGAGCUUGUUUUUCAUAAAAUGCCUUCCAAAGAUUAUAUAUCAUGGACCACUGCCAUUGCUGGUUAUGCGCGGAGUUCCCGUCAUCUAGAAGCAUUUGAAUUAUUUAGGGAAGUGCAAAGAUUAGGAAUGGAAGCAGAUCCCGUGAUGAUUGGGAGCAUACUGCUUGCUUGCAGCAGUUUUGGGUGUCUUUCCCUCUUAAAGCAGAUUCAUGGUUAUGCUAUAAGACACGGAUUGUUAGAUCUCUUACUGAAGAACACAAUCAUAGACAUAUAUGGAGACUGUAGGCAGGUUUCUUAUGCUAAUAGAAUUUUUGAAAGGUUAGAAGAUAAAGAUGUUGUAUCUUGGACUAGCAUGAUAAAUUGUUACGUUGAUAAUGCGCUCUUUAAUGAGGCUCUUAGUUUGUCCUUAGACAUGAUUAAAGCCAAUAUUGACCCUGAUGCAGUUGCACUUGUUAGCAUCAUUGCAGCUGUAUCUGGUAUGUCCUCAUUGAUUAAAGGUAAAGAAAUCCAUGGCUUUGGUAUUAGAAGAGAUCUCGCCAUGGAUGGAUUGAUGUGCAAUUCACUAAUCGAUAUGUAUGCUCUGUGUGGAAGGAUUGAUGCCUCCUUUAAGAUAUUCAACAGGCUGAGAACCAAAGAUUUGGUUCUAUGGACAACAAUAAUUAGAGCAUGUGGCUUGCAUGGCAAAGGCAAAGAAGCUAUCGAAAUUUUCAAUGAAAUGGAGGAUAUGGGUUUAGUACCUGAUCAUGUUGCAUUCUUAGCUCUUCUGUAUGCUUGUAGCCACUCAGGACUAAACCAUGAUGGGAAAGUUUACUUCGAUAAAAUGAUUAAUGAAUACAAAUUGGACCCUUGGCCAGAACACUAUGCAUGUGUCGUUGAUGUUCUUGGUCGUUCAGGGAGAGUGGUCGAAGCUUUCAAGUUCAUACAAUCUAUGCCUGUGGAACCAACAGCUGCUAUAUGGUGUUCACUCCUUGGGGCAUGUCGGGUUCACUCGAAUCACCAGUUAGCUGAAGUUGCUGCAGAAAACCUUCUUGAAUUGGAACCUGAGAAUCCGGGAAAUUAUGUGCUCGUAUCUAAUGUCUUUGCUGCAAUGGGGAAAUGGGAAGAGGUGGAUACAGUGAGAGCAAUGAUGGAGGAUAAAGGAUUGAGAAAAGAGCCAGCAUUAAGCUGGAUUGAAUUGGGAAAUAAAGUGCAUAAAUUUGUAGCAAGGGAUAAUUCUCACAGGGACAUGGAGGAAAUCUAUUCAAAGUUAGAAGAGAUAACAAAACGGUUAGAAAGAGAGGGUGGAUAUGUUGCGGACACUAGAUUUGUUUUGCAUCAUGUGGAAGAAGAUCAGAAAGUUAAAAUGUUGAAUGGACACAGUGAGAGGCUAGCAAUUGCUUUGGGUUUGAUUCAUACCCCUGAUAGAACGCAGAUACGGAUAUUUAAGAACCUUAGAGUGUGUGGUGAUUGUCAUGAAUUUACUAAGUUUGUGUCGAAAUUUUUUGAACGAGAAAUUAUUGUGAGGGAUGCCAAUAGAUUUCACCAUUUCAGAGAUGGGUGUUGUUCAUGUGGCAACUUCUGGUAACUGAGAAAAUAAAAUAAAAAAUGGGGUCCUGCUAUGACCUUAAUACCUACAAGGAGCUACAAUGAAGGUAAUCUUCACUGUUAUCCAGUUAUUGAAUUCAUGAGUUUACUAAGUUUGCGCACUAUUUUGAAUGGAACAUUAUAAUGACGGAUGCCAAUAGAUUUCACCAUUUCAGAGACGGGUAUUGUUCUUGCAGCGACUUCUGAUGAUUGAGAAAAAAGCGCAAAAGUUGAGCAAAUUUAUGAAAGUCUUCUUAUGUGGGUGCUGCUUCGACAUACUAAAGACCUACAAGGAAGGUUUUUGGAAGCUUAUUAACUUCACGCAUACAGUUUCAAGUUACUUUGAAGAGGUUUUGAUGCUAUUUUGACUAGGUGACAGAUCAUUGCAUAAUCAAAUUCAUCCAAGCUGUUCUAUGGUCUCAGAGCUUAAAGUAGGAUAUGGAUGCAGAUUCUUUCCAUUCAAAAUGUGCAUAUUCAUCCCAAAACACCACAUGGUGAAAGAAAAAUAAUGCUCUACAUAGAGUUCAUAAAGCUUCCCCAUCCCCUCAAAAAACAAAAGGAAGAAAAAGGUUGCUUGGUCUGUCAACAGUACAUAAUGUUCUAUGUCUUCUUCCUCUACUAGUACUGGCUCAUCCUACUCCCCUACUUUAUCACCUUCUGAUCACUCGAUGGCACCGAUUUAUUAUCUGCGCAUAUCCUUUACUACAAAUCUUUCUCCUAAUCGUUUUCUAGUACCCCCUACAAGGAAACGGCUCUUGAAAUUACAAAUUUGUAUUUUAUCCCUGCUUUCGAUAUUUCAACUGUGGCAAUAUACAUUAUAGUCUGCCCUUUCUGCCUAACCGAUGAUGGCAGAAGUUGUGGUGUUGCGGUUAUCCAGGCCUUGGUUUUAUCCUGAAAUUCUGACCCACUAGCAUCUAAAAGCACCAUCUUCCAUAUUGUGAAUGUUAGCUACUUCAACAACACAAUAAAAGCCAUCUAUUUCGCCCUUUAUAGGCGCACGCGUUCAUGCUUAGUCUCUGUCCUCCCUUGCAGAAUGAAAUGAUGCCUUCUAAUUCAACUGCUUUGUGAGGGGAGUCGCUAUUUCGAGCUUGUCUAGGAAGUAAAUCUGGACUGUCUAGGUUUUAUUACCGAAUUUAAUUCUAUUUAAUUAAAGGAUUUGUUG